UAAGCGGAUCGGAUAACAUAUAGCUAGAGAAGAAGAUGGGUGUCUGGUCUGCUGAAAACGCAACCAAGGCUUAUCUAAAAACAAUGAAAAUGGGAAAAGGAGCAAAACAGCCGGAUGUAGCAGAGUUCAUCUCCGCACUGGCUGCCGGCAACACUGCCCGCCUGAUCCUCGUUGCAUGUGCAGCAGCAGCUGGAGCCGACUCCACCGCCGCAGCCACCACACGAGCCCUGGUGGCCGCCGCCCAACAGACCGGCGGCCGCGUGGUCUCCGUUCUCAGCUCCGCCGAUGAGCUCCGCUCUUGCAGAACAUCUCUGGGUGAAGACGACGACGACGCAAAACACGUGGAGUUCAUCCUCGGAGACGCCGAGGCCCUACUGAGGAACGAAUACAGGGAAGCGGACUGCGUCGUCGUGGACUGCAACCUUAAGAAUUCCGAAGCCAUACUAGAAACGGCGCGGCGGGUCGGAAAACCCGGCGCCAUGGUUUUGGGGUACAACGCGCUUUGCAUGGCGUCGUCACGGCGGUGUCAGGGACUCAACGCUCAUUUGCUGCCUAUAGGAGAAGGUGUAUUAGUAGCCAGACGCGGUGGCUCCGCCGGAAAGGGCAAGAGCCGGUGGAUUGUGACGGUGGAUGAGGGCACCGGGGAAGAACAUGUCUUCAGAGUCAGAUCAUCUUCUUCUACACAUGGCCGGAAAGACGGUUAAACCCUUGCUAAAUGCAUGCUUCAAAACACCAAAUUUGAUCCAUUCAACAUUUUCCUAUAUUAAGUUAUGAACAGCCAUUAUUAGUUAAGCAAUUUAUUAGUAAGCUUACUGGCUAAUGGCUAUGGUGAUCAGGGUUUAACUCCCAGUCUUCUUGAAUUUGUACAUAUAUAUAUUUCAAGGCUGCGUUUGGCCAGGGUAAAAACUUGU